CGGACAGAGGUUAGACCACGAAUGCAUGGGCUUCCAACUGCAAAGCACUGACAUUCUCAUAACCCGGGCUCGUUUGAAUGCAAGACCACAUGCGUCGCAGAUUCUUUGCCGUUCUCGGUUAGGCUUUGGAUGCGCUGCAGCUGGCAUCAUCAUCUUACGCCACUUCUUACUCAAGAGGCAAACACUCAACUCAGCUGGAGAGUGUGUGCCAGGCUGAUUUACCAGGUCAUGAGUGAAAAGCUGCAUUUUAUUUGAUUCAUGAGUAGCCG